GGGGCAUAAUCUAUCACUCUAUGCAGAAGUUUUUAACUUUUAAAGAAGAGGAAAAAAAAAUAUUCAACCUUUGCAAAUACAAAACUUUCUCUCUCUUCUUUCUUUCCCUAUCUAUCUCUUGUUUGGCAACAUCCAGCUCACAUUUUUCAGUCGUAGGUUCCCUUUUUUUUUUUUUUUUUUUUUAAUAUUUUAUAAUAAAUUUUUUUUUUUUUUUUGGUGGUGGGUGUCUCAAACUAAUUAUACUUUGAAGCUUUCUUCUUUAAUUUCCCUCUCUCUCUCUUCAUCUUUUCUUUAAUAAAUUCUUUCUCAGUAGCUAGUCAUAGAAUCCCAAAUCUAGAGAGAGAAAGAUAAGCAGCAACUAGCAAGAACAGAGCUUUUUAGAGAGAGAAAGUAAGGAACAAAAGAGUAGUUCCUUCUUCUUCUUCUUUCCCAAAAGAGAUAAAACAAAGGUAAAAAAAAAAAAUCAGCAGAUGAAGUGAUUUUGAUUUUUUUUUUUUUGAUCAUCAGGAUUCGAACUUGGGUUGGUUCUAAAAUUUUAGAGAAAAAUAAUUUCAUUUUUCAAAUUUUUAAAAGAAAAAUGUGGGAUCUAAAUGGUUCCCCUGAUGAAACAAGUAGAGUUAGAAGGUAUGAUGAAUCAGAGGGUUGUUCUUCUCAAAAAACGACGUCGUUUGACGCCGAUGAUAAGAAUUCCACCUCCUCCGCUACCGUCGUAAUCGACGACGCCGGUGAGAGAUCCGACGAUGAAGAUGCUCCUGCAGCUGCUGCUGGUGGUGGUGGUGACGGAAAGAAGCGUAACAGCCGUCAGAUUUUCGGUUUUUCUUUUUUAACUAAUAAAACUAUCAUCACUAAUAAUGAUGAUGAUGAUGACGAUGAGGAUAAUUCUUCUUUCUCCGGUGAAACUCCGGUGACACGUCAGUUUUUUCCGGUGGAAAUGGACGUUUCCGAUGGACCUACUAACGCUGGUGAGUUCUCUAAGGCUCAUUGGGCCGGACCGAAGCUAUACCCAACAUCAGACACCAUGUUAGCUGCUUCUCUUGUGGGCCCAGCUAAGCCCACUGAGUUAGCCCAGCCCAUGAAGAAAAGCCGGCGAGGCCCACGUUCUCGAAGCUCUCAGUAUCGCGGUGUUACCUAUUACCGGCGAACUGGCCGGUGGGAAUCCCACAUAUGGGACUGCGGGAAGCAAGUUUAUUUAGGUGGAUUUGACACAGCUCAUGCGGCUGCUCGUGCAUAUGACAGAGCAGCAAUAAAAUUCCGAGGAGUGGAUGCCGACAUUAACUUUGCACUUGAAGAUUACCAGGAUGACUUGAAGCAGAUGGGAAAUUUAACCAAGGAAGAAUUUGUUCACAUACUUCGCCGACAGAGUACUGGUUUCCCUAGAGGCAGCUCCAAAUUUAGGGGUGUUACCUUGCACAAAUGUGGUCGUUGGGAGGCUCGUAUGGGCCAAUUCUUAGGCAAAAAGUAUGUGUACUUGGGACUAUUUGAUACCGAAGUUGAAGCUGCUAGGGCUUAUGACAAGGCGGCGAUUAAGUGUAAUGGGAAAGAUGCAGUUACUAACUUUGAUCCAAGCAUCUAUGAAGAAGAGCUCAAAGCAGCUGAAUGUUCAAGUAGUGGUGGAAAUGGUGGUCCUGAGCACAACCUUGAUUUAAGCUUAGGAGGAUCAAGCUCAAGGAGAAAUAAUAGCCUAGACUUUCGAGAUAACUCCGCAAUACAAGAACAACAACAACAACAACAAUACCCGAGCUCAAUGCAACUUGAACUCAACUGGCAAAACCAAGGAUCUAGGCCUAAGGAUGAUCAUGCUGAAACUAUGCAACUCCUUAGCCAAACUCGGCUUCAAUCAUCUCCAACCUCGUUAAAGCACAACGAGAUUUUAUCAAUGCAUAAUCGAUAUGGCGGUCCAAUGCCUGUUUUUGUUCCUCCUCAUCUCAACUCCUCGAAUUAUCAUCAUCAUUAUCAAAAUCAAAAUUCUCAGUUUCCGAGCAGCAGUAGUGGAGGUAGGAUUGAUCUUAUGAUGUCUUCAACAAAUAACAACAUUAAUAGUAGUAGUAUUAAUGAAAGUCGUCAACAACAACAACAACAACAACAACUACAACAACGACAACAGCAACAACAACAGCAACAGCAACAACAACAACAACAACAACGUCAACAACAACGUCAACAACAACAGCAACAGCAAUGGCAAGCUGGGCCUCAUCCCCAAUUGUUUGCUACUGCUGCAGCAUCAUCAGGAUUCUCACAGCAGAUAUCAAGACCCCCACCAAAUUGGAUGCCCCCAAAUAAUGGCUUCCAUCCUCUGAUGAGACCCUCAUAAAAGCAAAUUAAUCAUCUUAUAAAUCAUUAAAUAUAAUUAUCUCUAAUUCAAUUUCAUCACUCCUUUUUCCCAAAUUUCACCCUUCUUUUUUUUUUAAACUAUUGUAAAGCCUAAAUGUUUUGUGUUUUUUUUGGGGCUUUUUUCUUUGGGUUUUGGGGAAAUUGGGUAACAAAAGGAGGAUAAUUUUCUAUGUUAUUAUUGGCCAUAUUGGUCAAACUAACAGUAAAAAGGUGAAUGAGAAUUGAUUAUUAUUUAUUAUCA